AUGACUCCCACAUUGUACCCCCCGAAAUCUUCUCUGAUAGAGCAGGUUAACUCUCCACCAAAAGCAUCUUUGCAAAUCCUUGGGACGCAUAGUACGAACGGACAGAUCAAAGUGAUUGAUUUUGAUCUCUGGAUUGAUUGUUCGAAAGUAGUAGGCAUCAGAUCGGGGAAGUUCUUGACGAACAAUGAAAGCGAUUCCCGGUCCUGGAAUCACUCCGCCAACCAGGACAGCUGCAACUUCGAGGAGAUAUUGGAUGGCUGGCUCAAUGACUGGUUGCGUGAUAGUAAGGACGAGCGAUCCUGGACCCUUUCCAAAUUAGUCUCUUUUCCUAAUGACGAUUGCGCUGCAAUGAAAGCUCAUAUAGAGAGGCUGGCACGCAACACUGCCUACGAUGGGUCUAUUGAGGUAGUGUUUCACACUCCAUCAAUAGAGGCAGAUGUCUUACUUGAGAAACACGAGGUGCAAAUUCGAGCGGAGUGGAGUUUUGAUUGUCCUUUUACUCCCGCAGAUCAGGCAUGGAACGAGCUGGUAAUGAACGCAAUGGUUGACCAUAAGAAGGGCUGGAUCUCUCCGAAUGAGCCAAAACUACCCUACGGGAUGUCUCCAUUCCGUCGGGCUAUCAGACAUAGUAGUAAUUCCAAGAUUGUCUCGCAGGAGCAGGAUGCGGAUGGGUUUACGCGCUCAGUACGGCAAUUCUCACGAUGGGGUUGUGACAGUUCAUCAUGA